GCGUGCUCGAUUAAGUGCGAUUUCGUUUGACGCCGCCACAUCGCGAUGGACCUCUUCAAGCCCAAGAAGAACCCGGAGAAACUGGCCAAGCACCUGCGGGAAGCCAUCGAGAACCCGACCGCUCCCGUCAAGCCCGACAAGAAUGGCAAGGUCGUCGACAUCGUGACCAAGCGACUAUACCAAAUCAAGGUCAUGCUAUACGGCGAAGUGGGUCAAGAAGAGUCGAGCCCUCAAAAGUGUGCGCAGUUAGCGUCGCUCCUGAUUGCCGACAACACGCUGCCGCGCCUCGUACUCAACCUGGCCGACCUCCCGUUUGAAGCGCGCAAGCACGUCGCACAGAUAUACAACAACUUUAUUCGACGGGACUUGAGCGGCUUCGUUGCAUACAUCGAGCGCCAGCCCCAGAUCAUGUCGGCACUCGUGCGGGGGUACGAAAACGCUGACAUAGCGCUCAACUGCGGCACGAUGUUGCGCGAGUCCAUUCGACAUGAAUCGUUGGCGCGGCAAGUCCUCUACUCGGACGAUCUCUGGAAGUUCUUUGACAUCUACGUCCACUUGCCCAACUUUGACGUGGGGUCCGACGCGUUCGCCACAUUCAAGGAUCUUCUGACGCGGCACAAGAGUCUUGUCUCGGUCUUCUUGGACACCCACUUUGACCAGGCAUUUGAAAAGUACAACCGGCUGCUGUCGUCGGAGAAUUACGUGACGCGCCGCCAGUCGCUCAAGCUCCUCGGCGAGAUUCUCCUCGACCGAUCCAACUUUGAGAUCAUGAUGCGAUAUAUCUGCAAGCGCGACAACCUCAAGAUCAUGAUGAACCUCCUCCGCGACACGAGCGCCAACAUCCAAUUUGAAGCGUUCCACGUGUUCAAAGUGUUUGUGGCGAACCCUAAAAAGCCAAACGAAGUGACCCAGAUUCUGCUCAACAACAAGGACAAGCUCGUCGCGUACUUGGAGAAAUUCCAAAACGAAAAAGCGGACGCGCAGUUUGUCGAAGAAAAGGCGCUGCUGAUCCGCACACUGGGCUCGCUGGAGCUCGCGGCGGAAGAACCGAGUGACGCUCCUGCCCAUGCAUAGAUUCAAGAAACAUAUAGAGCGAGCAGGUGCAUGCGGUGGCCAAGGGGGGUCAGUCUUUGUCAAAGCAACGUUGUAAUGGAGUUGGGUUUUUUACUACCGCCCCCCGCAUGACCGGAGGGUUCAGAGAGGUGCGUGAAGAAGGAGGCGACUGGUCGCAGGUCGUAUGCAAGUAUUCAAAAGUGAUGCCCGUGUGUAUCGAAGACAACUGAAUCGUCGUGGAUGCCUCUGAGGGUGUCGACCAGUCUCCGAUGAAAAGACAGUAGUGGAUAUAUCACUC